UAAAUGUAUGAUGGGUCAGUGGAACUGCAAGGACUUGCCCUGCCCUGGGAGGUGUUCACUGGAAGGAGGCUCCUUUGUCACCACGUUUGACUCUAGAUCGUACAGGUUCCACGGGGUUUGCACUUAUGUUCUGAUGAAGAGUUCCAGCCUGCCACACAACGGAACCCUGAUGGCUGUUUAUGAAAAGUCUGGUUAUUCCCAUUCUGAGACAUCACUCAGUGCUGUGAUUUACCUGUCCACAAAGGACAAAAUUGUGAUUUCUCAGAAUGAACUCCUUACUGAUGAAGAUGAGCUCAAGCGACUUCCUUACAGAUCAGGAGACAUCACUAUUUUCAGACAGUCCUCCAUGUACAUCCACAUGUACACAACCUUCGGGCUGGAGCUUGUUGUCCAGACAUCACCCGUGUUCCAGGCCUACGUGAAGGUUGGGUCACAAUACAGAGGCAGAACCCUUGGUUUGUGUGGCAACUACAACGGAGACACUACGGAUGACUUCAUGACCAGCAUGGAUAUCACCGAAGGGACAGCCUCCCUCUUUGUGGAUUCCUGGAGGGCAGGAAAUUGCCAUCCUGCUUUAGAGAGAGACACUGACCCUUGUGCUUUGAGCCAACUGAACAAAAUAUCUGCUGAGACUCACUGCUCCGUUCUUACCAAGAAGGGUACAGUGUUUGAGAAAUGCCACGCUGUGGUGAACCCUCUUCCUUUCUACAAGAGAUGUAUCUACCAAGCCUGUAAUUAUGAAGAGACCUUUCCUUACAUUUGUUCUGCUCUGGGAUCGUAUGCACGAACAUGCAGCUCAAUGGGUUUGAUCCUUGAGAACUGGAGAAACAGUAUGGACAACUGCACCAUUACUUGUACUGGCAAUCAAACCUUCAGCUACAACACUCAGGCAUGUGACAGGACGUGCUUGUCACUCUCCAACCGAGCCCUGGAAUGUCACCCAACUGACAUCCCUAUCGAGGGCUGCCACUGUCCCAAAGGAACGUACCUCAACCACAGAAACGAGUGCGUCCGCAAAGCUCACUGUCCCUGCUACCUGGAAGACAGAAAGUACAUCCUGCCUGACCAGUCAACACUCACUGGUGGGAUUACCUGCUACUGUGUUAAUGGCAGGCUAAGCUGCACAGGCAAACCCCUAAAUCCUGCAGAAAGCUGCAAAGCUCCUAAGAAAUACAUAUCAUGUUCUGACAGUUUAGAAAACAAGUAUGGAGCUGCGUGUGCCCCCACCUGUCAGAUGCUGGCUACUGGAAUUGAAUGUAUACCCACGAAGUGUGAGUCAGGCUGUGUCUGUGCCGAUGGGCUGUACGAGAACCUGGACGGGAGGUGUGUUCCAGCCGAGGAGUGUCCCUGUGAAUAUGGGGGUCUUGCUUAUGGCAAAGGUGAACAGAUCCAAACUGAAUGUGAGAUCUGCACUUGCACAAAAGGCAAAUGGAAAUGUGCUCAGAAGUCAAGGUGCUCCUCGACCUGUAACCUGUAUGGAGAAGGUCACAUCACCACCUUCGACGGGCAGCGUUUUGUGUUUGAUGGCAACUGUGAAUACAUACUGGCCAUGGAUGGCUGCGGUGUCAACAGACCUGUUUCCUCUUUCAAAAUCGUCACUGAGAAUGUCAUCUGUGGGAAAUCAGGGGUUACGUGCUCCAGAUCCAUCAGCAUCUACCUUGGGAAUUUGACAAUCAUACUGCGAGAUGAAACCUUCACUAUUUCUGGGGAAAAUCCUGGAAUACAAUAUAGAGUGAAAAAUAACGCCCUUCACCUGAUGUUUGAUGUCAUUAUCCCAGGAAAAUACAACAUGACCCUUAUCUGGAAUAAGCACAUGAACUUCUUCAUCAAGAUCUCCAGAGAAACACAG